AUGAACAACUCUCAGAAAAGUAAAACUGUUCGAUCAGGUUCAGCAAGAGUAAAAUCAGCUAUUGAAAGAGCUGGAUUAAUUUAACAAAGAGAGUAAUUGAGAGAAAUGUUGAUUAGCAAAUUUUCAAAAGAUUUUGCUUAAGGUAGCAAGAAUAAAGAAGUGUUAAUUUAAUAAAUAGUUAAUGAAUACUUCGCGAAUGAGCAAGUAUCAAGAAUAAAAAAUGUUAGGUUACAGAAAAUUCUUUAAAAUAAUUGAAGGCAAGAGUUUAAGAGGCAAUUCAAAAAUAAAAAUAUCAAAGUUAAACUCAAUAAAAUCCUUCCUUAAAUAUUUAAUUUGAUAAUAGAAGUGAAUAGAAAUCACAAAAUGUUAGACCUUAAACUGUGAAGAAUUCAGUUAGAUCUGAAAGAGAUGCAGAUUAAUAUUCUGUAACGUCUUCGUAAUUUGAAAAACCACCAAAAUCUGUUUAUGUUGUUGAUGAAGAAGAUGAAUGGGCUGCUUUAGUAAAAUUUGAUACAGAACUUCACACAAAGGAAUAAUAACUAGAAAUGUAAAGGUAGGCUGAAUUUAAAAAAAAAAUGAAAUCAGAACUUGAUAGAUAAUUAGAAGAGAAAAGAAGGAAAUAAGAGAUGGAGAAAAAAUAGGAAGAAGCUUAUGUAAAAUUAAGAGAUUAUUAAAUGAAUGCUUAUGAUUAAAGGGAAGAUUAAAAAAAGAGAGAAAAAGAAAGAAAAUAAUAAUUGGAAAAAGAGUAAAGAGAUAGAUAAGUUAGGGAGGAAGAAAAGAGAAGAUUUUUAGAGAAAAAGAAAUAAUCAGAAUAAGAUGCAAUUUUAGUUUAAAAAAUAUAAGAAGAAUUAAAAUAAGAAUAAAAGGAAAUAAUUUAAAAGAAAGAGAUAGAGAAGAGAAAGUUUAUAGAAAUGAUGGAAGAAAAUGAAAAAAAUAGAUAGAAAUAAAUGCAUGAUGAAAUAACAGAGAAAUAAUUAGAAAUUGAUAUGUAAAGAAAACAUAUUGCUUUACAGGAAAAAUUAGAAUAAGAGAGAGAAUUAGAAAAGAAGGAGAGAGAAGAUAAAAUAAAAAAGAUUAUGAGUGAUUUUUCAUAAACAGUUGUAAAGAAUCAAAAAGAUUAAAUAAAGUAUUAUCUUAUCUAGAUAUAGAGCUGAAGAUGAUAAAAUGAUAAAAGCCAUUUUAAUGCAAAAUUAAAUAGAAUAAAAUGAUGAAGAUUAAAAAAGAAGAUAUAUAAAAUAAUAAUAAUAAGAAAUGAGAUAGUAUUUAAUUAAACAAAUGGAAGAUAAAAAGUAAAUUUAAUAUGAUUAUUUAAGAUAGAAAGCAAAAGAAGAGGAAGAAUUGAAUAAAAAAUAAGCAUAAGUUUGGUAAUAAGAUUUAUAAAUGUAUUAAACACAUGAAAAAUAAAAAUUUAAUUACAUAAAGGAUGUUAAUUUGAAACAUCAAGAUAUUUUAAAAUAAUAAAUUGAUGAAAGAAAAUCAUAGUAAAGACCUAGAAAUAAAAUGAAUAAUGAAGAAUUAAUGCAUAAUAAGCCUUUACUUAAAGAAUUGGCAGAUAAGUAAGAUGCAAUCAAAGUAAGGAAAAUGAAUAUAUGA